AUGCUCCACUUCGCUAAGACGGCAGCACCGGUUGACGAACAAACGUUGCUGUCUACAAACGAGUACUCGGAACCCAGUGAUGCGAAAAAUAUACAGGGCCUUUCUGAAUUCAGUCCCCAUCAGCCAACUGCACCCAAAGCGUCACCUAAGCGAACCCACUUAGUCAGGAAUGCUCGAAAUUCCCCAUCAGCAGUGCUAACGCAAAGUGAAACCUCUCCUGCGUCGACCUCUGAGCACACGACUGGCAACAUGAAAAACGAUAGCGAGAGUUCCGGAAACACAACCAGCGACCUCACAUCGCGUACGCCGCCGUUCGAUGUGAUCGCUGCAUAUCCCUACACCUCCGAAGAGCAAGACGAACUGCAAUUCGAGGCUGAUGAAUUGGUUACUGUUCUUCCCUGGAGCGAACCUGAAGACGAGGUAAGGAUAGAAUUUUGCUGA